UAGUAUAUUUCCGUGAAAUUAAAUAGCCACGAAAAACUCUGUUCUAACAAAAACGCGAAAGAUUCUAGCUUCAGCUUAUAUAGAUCGCUAUAAAAUGGUUUUGUGCUUACACAUACCUGGAUAUUAAUAAUUCAUAUUCUAGCACCGUAAUUGUAUAACAUGAGUGCAGAAAUCCACAUUAUUUCAAUUGAUUUACAAUUUGCUUAUUUAUGAAGCAACAGCAUUUUCAAUAUCGAUCCGUAAGACAAACAGGGGAUAAAAACAAAAACAAUAUGCAUCUAUCGAACGACAUAAACAUGCAAUUUGCAGUCGGCAGCCAAUACGAUAUAUUAUUUGUAAGUAAAAUAUUGUGUCUAUUUCUGCAAAGUGUGGAUUAAUCGCCUAUUUAAAUGGCAAACAAAUGACAGUGUAAUAACAGCAAUUUACUGACUGUCAAUAAUUGGAGCUGUACAUCAUUUGGCAGCUAUCCUACAUUCUGAAGUUGGUGGUUCACAAUCGGACAUGAAAUUGACAUUAUAUUUUGCUGUUAUAUGCUUAGCAUAUUCUACUUCAUUUAUCAAAGGGCCUGCAAUUGUUACAAAUGCCAAGCCGUCGUUUCAUGGAGGUUGUGUCUCAGAUGAAGAGUGCCAAGCAGGACGUAUUUGUAAGAGGCUGGUCUUCCAGGAAUCUGAGCGGAGUCUGAAACAAUGUAUUCCCGAAAUAGUGCCUAACCCUCGAAGUGCAUCUAGUGAUGAAAAUGGAGAGUCAGACGAUGAAGCUGUUGCACCAUGCCCGCCAGGAUGGAUCCUCAACAAAGAUAGUUGUUACUUUUUUAGUGAAACAGUUCUAUUGUGGAUAGAAGCCAAUGAUGCCUGCAGAACCCUAGCUGCCGGUGGAGGUCUUGUGGAGGUCCAUGAUGAGGCAGAACAGAAUUUUUUGGAAAUGACACUCAAUCAGCCUUAUGAUUUUAAUGACUACUGGAGUGCCCUGAAUGACAUUGAUGAAGAGGGCCAAUUCAACUCGGUUAAUUCGAGGAAAAAUGCAUCUUUCACCAAUUUUCAACAAGGAACAAACAGUGAAUAUAGAAACUGUGUUGCUUUGACGUUUGGUUAUUUAAACUACUGGAUUGUGACUGAUUGCUAUCAAUAUUUCCGAUACAUCUGUGAAAUUGGCGUUCUUUCUUAAAUAUUAGCCGAGGAAGAUGUGAACUGAGGAUUUACGCCGGAAAAUUCGGAGGUGUUUUAUAUUAUCAGUGCAUUAUGCCAAUGGAUUGAAACCUUUUCGUUACAUUAUAUUCAUUACAUUAUGUCUAUUGAUUGGAACAUUUUUGUGACAUAUCUGUUGCAUUACGUUGAUGGAUCUUCGUUGAAAGUUACUGUGUAUAUUGAAUUUGAAAAGAUUUAAUUUAGUUGUUUAUUUCCGAUUCUCAAUAAUAAACGCAUUUCAGAAUAAAA